AUGGUCCGGGAACGGCCUCCAUCCGGCAGCCAGCUGCUCUUCCGGCGUUAUAAUGAUAAUUAUUUCACGAAUGACGGCUACCUGUGGAAACGGCGAAGAGAGGCCAAGCAGACGCGAGAAGACCAUAUGAAGCUAAAGGUCCACAAGCAGGAAAUAAUCUCCGCCAAAUACGCGCACUCGGCCGUAUUUCCAAGCUUUCAUAGGAGGGUCUACUGGUUGACUUCGAGCCCAGAGGUGGUCCUGGUGCACUACCUAAACUCGAGGGAAGAAGAUAAAGGACAUGAAGACCGUUCUCUCUCGGAGCGGAUAGCAUCUACCAUCCGAGCUUCACAGCUGAAGCCGACACAGGCGGAACUUCAGACGCAGCUCGCACCGAUUUGCCUGUCCUCGGUGGCCCUACGACGUCAACCAUCGACGUUCAGCGACUCGAUAGAUCCUCAUUUUAUUGGAGACAUCGUGAACAACUGCGGAAAAGUGGACGGCCAUCUCCCAGCACCGGCUUCGCAUAUGGACAAUUCUAGCGGGUACGGUAGGGACGACUCGCACCACUCACACUCCGGAGACACCCACUUGGAAAGCGCUGAUGAUGGAGAAACGUCCUACUACCGUAGUCGAGCUGGAGUCUCGUCCAGGUCACGAUCCAACGGCCCAUCGUCGAGCGGGGAAUGCUGGCAUGCCCCAAUCGCUGAUGUUACACCGAGCCGGGCUCCUAUUAAUGGCGACACGAAAAUUCUGGUGAUUGGCGGCUGGUAUCUGAAGGGCCAUGAAUAUUCUGUGCAAGUUGGCGAUCGGAAAGUGCCAGCGCAACUCCUGCAAGUUGGCGUACUGUCCGUGAGAAUACCUCCAGCUCGUGAAUCCGGAAAAGUGCCAAUUCGAGUCCUUUGCGAUGGUCAAAUCGUCUCCUCUCCCUUCGAAUUUACCUAUUACGAGGAGAAGUCGGAUGAAACAGAAGCCCUCCACCUCCAAGCACUCGUCGAUCGCUUCCAACUCUUUCUGGCAGCCUUCAGCGGCCAGCCCGGGACGAAUUUUCAGUCGAGCUCUGCCCUAAAUGAAGAAACAUUUCUCUCGUUGGCCCGCUCGAUGCUGCAGCAUCAAAUGACAAAUCCCCUACUCCUCCAACCACAUCCGCUGCUCCCAUCAAGGACCAUUUUACACCUGGCCGCGGCCCUCGAUUAUGAUAAGCUUUUGGAGUGGUUGUUAUGGUGGAGGCGGUCUUUACCAUACACUCGUGAGCUCGAUCCGCUGGUGCGAGAUUCUGAAGGCUCAACAGCACUUCAUCUAGCUGUCCGGUCGGGUCAUAUUCCAUCUGUUUCGGCCAUCGUCAACGCUUGUCAAGCGGCCAUUGAUGUACUCGAUGAUCGGGGCCGUACGCCCUCCGAUUUGACGACCGAUCCAGCCAUUUUCAAGCUGGUCGCGCGCCCGGAGGAAGCGAACAAGAAUACGAAUGGCAUCCCGACAAGCGUGGAAGACGCCGAGCACAUGGCCGCCACCGCCCUUUGGGUCUUCACCAACGGAGAAACCGUCACUGAUGAGAGAAGACAGCUCAAUCGGAAAGGCUCAAAGCCCACCGGAUCGCCGAUGCACUCGAGCAGCUUGGAGACGACGGGGAGCGUCGUGAUGAAGCGCAAAGAUGACGGCUGGAAAGAGUGUGAACAACCAAUACAUGUCGAAAUCUCGAUGGACACGGCUGAUGUUCACGUCCCGGACUCGCCAAAAAUGGCCGACCUCUUCGACGCGGUCACCAGUCCCGGCGUGUUCGUGAACGACUGUGUACGCGAGAAAAUGGCCCAAUUGGCCCAGCACAUCAUCGAUGCACUUCCUGAACGGAUCAAGGGCGAUGGGAUUGGAAUCCACCAUUCCAUAAGACAUCAACUCCACUCGCCGCAUGAUGAGGAUACGCACAUGGCCCUGUCCUUCUCCGGCAUCUCCCCCAUGUUCAACACCUCCGGCUUCACCGUGCCUGACUUUGAGGAGUGCAUGAGUCUCCAAUUUGGACCAUCUACGUCGCAUCAGAGCAGUUUUAGCUCGAAAACGAUGCCCUCAGAAGAUGGGAUGGGCCACGAGGUGGCGCAGAAUCAGUUUAGGAGGAGUAAUUCGCACCUCUACCCUUGUGCCAGCGAGUCAUUCCGAUCUUCCAGAGCCACAACUUUCGAGUCCGGGAGCUUUGACUUGGAUAACUCCAAAGAUCUCGGCGAGUUCCUAAACAGCGGAUCGGCUACCGAACCCCUGCAGCAGCAAUUGGGAGACUUGCGGUUGUCAGAAAGUGAGCAACGAGAUGUCUACGAAGCGGCAAAAACGAUUCAGAGGGCGUAUCGGGAAUAUAGGGCCCGAACAAGCUUGGUUCUGCCACACGCAGAAGCCGAGCGGAAUGCUGCAAUAACGAUUCAGAGCUUCUAUCGAAGGUAUAAGGCGUUCCAAUACUUCAAACAACUCUAUAAUGCGGCGAUACUGGUGCAGAAACACUUCCGGAUGAAGAAGAAGGAGAGACCGGGCAGUCAUGACAGUCAGGAUGACCAUCAUCUCAACGAUCAACUACCCGACCAUCCGUCUGUUGACGGGAUGAGCAUCCGGAUACAGGUUCCCCCAAACUCCUCUACCCUCCUCCGUGAGCACCGCGCCGCGGCCACCAUCCAGCAUGCCUACCGAGGGCACCGUAAGCGCCAAGCGGCCGCCCGGAAGAUCCAGAAUUUCAUGAGGCAGAGCCGGAUCAAACUUCGCAAAAUGCACGAGCAAAGCGGCGUCGCGUGUACGAUGGAGCCGGUGGGAACGGAGGAUGGAGCGUUGUGCCUGCCGGGCAACCGUCCGUCGGUGCAUCUGCCCACCGGGGUGCCAACAGCAACAGUCAAUUAUGCUGAAUACUACACAACACCAAAUAGCGACCUUCUCCACUACGACCCCGGCGUCCACGGGGCUCCAAAUGACGCCCAACUGCAAUAUGGUGGCCAACAACAGCAGCAACAGCAACACUACAUCCCACAACAACAACACCCCCUCCACCACCACGGCGGCUAUUCAACCGCCCACCCAACUGCAGCAACAAGUACAGCAGCAACAGCUGGCCCAUCAAGGACCACUGCCCCCGAUUCACACUAUACAACCAUCGACCAAUGCCAGCAGCAUGCGCCAUGGAUGCUGAACGAGCCGCGU